AUUUAAUGAUCAAUCGCAACUGAUCUCAUAGAUAUAUUUUUAUCUAUUGGAAGAAAAUCAUAAUUGGAAUCUGCAUGAUGUCUGCGUCAAAGAACAAACAAAAUAUGGCUGAAGUUGCUUCAGCAAGAAACAGAUUUGAUGCAGCAUUACAGCUCCUGGUUGACAAGAGGGAUGAUGGACAAGAAUCAAGUGAUGAAGGUGGAGAAAUAGAUAUUUGUCUCAGUGAACCAUCACCAGUUCACUCCCCUAGCAAACGGUCUUCCACCAAUCGAGGAAGAAAAAGGAAGAGAGCUAAAGAUGAUUCUGACUACGAGAUGGGGCAAUAUCAACACACAUACAUCAUGAAGUUGUUUGACCGCAGUGUGGACUUGGCCAUCUUUGAUGAGGAUUCUCCUCUGUAUCCGAUUUGUCGGGCGUGGCUGAAGAAUAGUCCCCACAGCCGAGACCCUCCCCCACAGUCACCGGAGCCCGAGGCUCCAGCACCCACAAACAGUGAGGAAGAGACAGAGAGAAUUCCAGAUAUAUACAAGAUGCCCCCUCCCAUAAAACAGGACCCUGAUGACCACACAGACUACAGAAUACCCCACCCUGUACCCCAACCCAAGACCUACUUCUUCAUAUCAGAUGCAGACGAUGCUCCUCCGGCGGAGAGUUUACUACUGAAACACAUGGAGAGGUGGAAGCAAGUGCGCCAAAGCUGGAUCGAUCAGGGAAGGAUCAAUGAGAUGAGGUACGGGGAGAGCAUGCAGCUACUGCGGGAUAUAUUUGACUGUCAGAUGAAGGAUGUCUAGUCAGUGAUGUAACCUGGGACUGCCAUUCUUCCUCAUUUUAUCAUGUUUCAGCCUUACAUGACUUUUCUGAAGUGUUAUAAAGAAUUCUUCAACUGCAAUAUGUAAAACAUUAUCAUUUGUCAUAUAAUUUGCUGUUUUAUUAUAGGAAAGUCUUAUUCUGUCAUGAUUUUUCUCAGAAGUAUUUUUGGUGACCAUGCGCCCAUGUACAAUGCUUCAGUUUCAUUAUGUAUUACAGUAUCUUUUCUCGGAAUGAAGUUCUAAUAUUGUUUAACAAUUUAUGAAACAUGUACCGGGUAUUAGAAUGUUGUCUUGCAUUGUAAAGAGUAUGUGCUAUCGCAGGUAUUAUGUAAAAUUUGAUUGUUUGUAAAAUAUAAUUAAGUAUGUCAAGAUGAAGUAUCUCCUCAUUAGAAAUCAAACAAUAUAUUGAAGAAUUAUUUAAA